UUACUUCUCUCGGAGUUAUGUCGGGACGCGGCAAAGGCGGCAAAGGUCUGGGGAAAGGUGGCGCUAAGCGCCACCGUAAGGUUCUGCGCGACAACAUCCAGGGCAUCACUAAGCCUGCUAUCCGCCGCCUGGCUCGUCGUGGCGGUGUGAAGCGUAUUUCUGGGCUCAUCUACGAAGAGACCCGCGGCGUCCUGAAAGUGUUUCUGGAGAACGUGAUCCGGGAUGCAGUCACCUAUACCGAGCAUGCCAAGCGGAAGACUGUCACCGCUAUGGAUGUGGUCUAUGCUCUCAAGCGCCAGGGCCGUACUCUCUACGGUUUUGGUGGUUAAGCUUUCAGACAUCUGAGUCUCCUGUCCUGAGAACAGUACUGAAGUUACCGCCGCUAAUGGGGUGAUUUGUCUCGAUUAAAAAACUAACCUGAAAUGGUGUGCAAAAGAAGCCGGAUUCAGACAGCAAGGAAACCCAGGCAUUUAGUUUAGAAGAAGUUAUUGAAGAAAACGCGCUUCCCUAUAUUUCGGUGUCAACACAGCGCUCGGUAGUAAGCCAUACUUUUGCCUUCUAUCACAGAGAAAUGGAAAUUAGGGUGAUUGAAAUAUUCUAAAAUAAACUGUAGUGAUGGUUGUACAACUAAGCAAAUAAGUUUAUUGCUUGUACACUAAAAAAUGUGGAUGAAAUUUUAUGGCAUGUAGAUUAUAUCUCAAGCUUAUUAUAUAUAUAUAAUCUCCAGGCAGGGUAGCAGGAGAUGAAGUUUGUAGGGUAGGCCUGUUGGUCUGUGAAGGUGUUCUUUUGCUGAAGUAUGGCCUCCUUGGUCUAUGCUUGGUCUGUCGUAGCCACAGAAAGUUUUUAAACAAGAAUAUCUCUCGUACAAUUAUAUAUUCCAGUAGCAUAUCAGACAUUAGAACUCAGUUGAAGGGACGCGAAUUUACUUGAGGUUGGCUAGUAGGGAAACAGUAUUUCCAUCUAAAAGGUAUUCAUAAAUGCCUCUAUCACUGAGUUCUGUGUCAUGUUUAUAGAGGGCUGUCUGAUUUCAGCCUCAGUGUGUUAGUUCUAGUGUUUCCCCUAAUUUUUUCAGUUUCUUUCCCACCUGAUAACUGUCCUCCAAGACUUGGAGGGGAAUGAUAUAAUUACCUAGCCUGCCUUAAUUUAAACUGACAAUGGGGAGGGUUCAAAGCUGCAUUUUGGAUGGCUAGAGGAGCAAAAAUGGGCCUGUUUAGGAGAGUAAUGUAAUUCUGGUGCCCUUCAGGACAUAUGUGUUGAUUUUGUGUAAUGUGCCAGCUAUUGUUUAAGCAUUGGGGUACACCUGUAAGCAAAUUAGAAUUUCCUGUCCUCCAUUCAGAUAUGUAAUAAAAUAUGUGGAUACAGAUUUCCUACACUGAAGGGAAGUGUGGCUGCUCCAUAGAUCACCUUCUUUUGUGGUUGGCCUUUUUUUAGUUCAUAAACCUCGUAGAUUGUAUCAUACUCAUUUUAGUCAUACCCACUACCUGGGCAAAAAGGUUAGGUCUUUCUCAGACCUAACACUCCUGAAGUCCUUGUUCAGAACAAAGAUA